AUGGAUAGCUUGACUGGCCCCAUCGAGUCUGUGGCAUUUCUCCGCAUUCCCCCAGAAAUCAUCGUCGCAAUUGUGUCAGAGGUAUUAGCCAUCGGCGACAAUUUUGAAGCUCAACUCCGCGGCGAAAAUUCUGAGCGACUCAAAGUCUUGAGAUUGACGCACCGAAAGUUUGCCGACUGUAGCUAUUUGAACAAGUUACUGUUCACUAACAUACGGCUCGAACCAACACGCACCAGUCUUCGACGCGGCGACUUUUCACGCGUGGUCGGUUAUACGCGAUCAAUCACCUUUAUGGCAUAUGCAAGCUGGAAGCUAGUGUCAGAAACAUGGGAGCGAUUGAUCCUUUUUGACAUCCCAGGCCGCCCCCGAAAUGUUGGAAUAUGGUCUCACACGAGUCUACGGCCUAUAAUCGCUGCUCAUGACGUGUACAUAAACGACGCGUUAGAAACACAGAGAUUGCUGGAGGACCCAGAUGGCGAUUUGAUAGAGACCUGGACCAAUGUCCUCAAGAUGGUUGGGAGUCGUCUUGAAAAAGUCACAAUCGCCAACAAUACAGACUACAAGAACCUCUACUUGCAAGAUCCCGAUCCGACGAGGGAUUGGAAGACUUUCUGCUUUCGAGUUCCCGAUACAGAGAUCGAGCCACAUGAGGGCAUGACGCGGCGAUCACGCGAUGAAGACGACAAAGAGAAUGCCGAGUACGCCAAGGGAUAUGCCUGUGCCAUAGUAGGCGAGAGACUCUUCAACACAGUCAUAACAUGUCUAUCAGCUUCAGGCGUUGCGAUUUCAAGCCUCUCCACCGAACUAUUCAUUUUGGGACAUGCGGAGUGCACUGAGAUCCCAGCAUGGCGAGAACUCGAUUUGAGCAAAUUAAAGCAUCUCAAGCUUGACCUUCUAUAUCCGUAUGUACCGUAUCGCUUGAGCGAACGGACGUCUAUGGCUGCUUUUCUGCAUAAUAAACAGAGCUACAUCCAGAAGAAGCAUGGGAACAUAGCGCAUGACUUGAUUGACAAGUGUCAUUCAACGGUGGAAACGCUCAGUCUCAGGGACUCGAUUGACGGCGGUCUUGAAAUACUCUGGCCAACUCGCGCUGCGACAUACGAAUUGCCAGCACUUCGAGAAUUCGAUCAGGCAAUGGAGAGUCGCCCUCGUCUUCUCCAUGACUGGCUCCUCAGAAUGAAGAACCUACGCUCCUUCAUGAUCUGGGGAGGACUUGAUGGAAAACGCUCCGCGAACUGGCGCCAUGUGCUUGAUGCGAUUCGCGACCAUCCAAAUGUAUCAGGUCCUGAUCCGAAGGGCCUUCGCUUUCUAUUUCCCGGCGAUACCGAUUACGAAGGCGUCGUAUGCAAAGAUAGCAGUAUCGCAUCGCCGAGAGAGGUACCUGACGCUGAAUAUUCUCUCUAUCCACUAGAAGCCCAUUUAUAUGGCGAGAUAGAAUAUAGUCGCAAUGUUGCUUUGAGAGAAGAAUUAGGCGAUCGUGGUGAUGGGGAUGAAGACAGUGACGAGGAGGACGAGGAUGAUGACAUGGAUGGGGAUUAUCAGAGCGUGGAGGAGGAAAACAGCGACAGAGAAGAAGAAUAA